AUGGCGAAGAAAAUGAGAGCCUCCUCUCUUGCUUUGAGCUUCUUCAUGGCCAUGUACGUGGUUUGCGGGUUGAUUGGUGCAGUUUGUGGGGAUUCAUUAGGAGAUCAGUGCACAGACAACUUUCAGAAGGUCACGGCUUGCCUAACAUACGCCACCGCAAAGGCGGACACGCCGACGAAAGACUGUUACAGUGCUGUGACCGAUAUCAAAGACAGCAAGCCAGUGUGCUUGUGUUACAUUAUACAGGAAAUGCACAACGACACUAAUUCACAGCUCAAGAGCCUUGGUGUUCAAGAGGAUCGCUUGCUUAAGCUACCUUCUGUUUGCAAGUUGGCCAAUGUUAGCAUCAGUGACUGCCCAAAGCUUCUAAAUAUACCUUCAAGCUCCCCAGAAUACUCCGUCUUCACCAACAUUACUGCCUCGACUCCGACUCCGACUGCAACAACAGGGGUAUCAUCUCCGACAACGACUGAUGGGUCAAAUGGAUUUAAGCAUGGUCCCCAACUUGCAGGAUCCAUGGCGAUUGCUCUGGUCAUCAUCUUCUAUACAUUCCCAGAAGGGUUUGUAUCUACAUUUUGCACAUGA